CCCUCCGCAUGCCUGCUAGUCCAAGCAGCGUCGCGAUAGUCAAAAGGUUUCCUACUUGCGGCGCUCUGAGGACCGACAGCAGGCGGCUCUCCAGUCCAUCAGUCCGUACAUGACAAGAGUAGAGAUGAUUCAGAUGGACAGAAUGUGCCAGAAUCUUUGAUGAUAAACUAAAGGCCUUGGAUUAUACCUGAUCUCCUUUUGAUUGUUGUAUGCACACCUGAUGCCAUGGCCUAUCUCAUAAGAGCUGAAGUAGCGCUGCUGAGGUGUACAUUGCUUUUUCUCUACCUGAGUGUCAGCUUGUGCCAGCCUGACUGCACCAGUGUGGACUGUCCCCUGCUCGACAAUUGUAUAGAAGAAGUGCUGGAGACUGGGUCCUGUUGCACUUCAUGCUUACAAAAAGGAUGCACAUGUGAGGGUUACCAAUACUAUGAUUGCGUCAAUGUUGGAUUCAAGAAUGGCAAAGUGCCCGAGGGAGAUUCUUACUUUGUGGACUACGGCAGCACAGAGUGCUCCUGCCCUGUGGGAGGAGGACGGAUUAGCUGCCACUUCAUCAGCUGUCCUGAUAUGUCACCAAACUGCAUUGAAGUUUCAGAACCUGCAGAUGGUUGUGCGCAGUGUGAACGCAUCGGGUGUGUUCAUGGUGGGCAAAAAUAUGAGGCUGGACACUCCUUCCACAUUGACCCCUGUUUUGUCUGCCACUGCCCCAAUGAAGGGGGGAAGCUGAUGUGCUACCCUUUCCCUGACUGUGAUCCGAAGAAAAUCCAUAAACCCAUGUUACCUGCACCCACAGAGGAAGACACAGCCAGCAGGCAUGACAGUUAUCCCUACAGGUUUGACCAACAAGGCCAUACAGAUCAAAUUUCAACACCACACAGAGAUGAGAAUCUUCCUCUCAUUGAAUCAUUGCCGUUGGAUAAGGAGGAGCCUGAAGACUAUGACUACAGGUCCUACAGACCUUCCAGAGACCUACCCUCAAUCUCUGGUCUUCCCCACCCAGUCCUCCUCCUCCAGCAAGUUCAUAUCUGUGUCUCGAGGCUCUGAAAUUCAGAGUUUUGACAAACACAGCAAGCUGGAGCUGAGAGAGCGAUAUGGAGUGCAUGACCAUCCCAUAGGCAGAGAGGAAGUGACAGAAAAUCCCCUGAGAGAAGAUCAGGGUACUGUCAAGCCACAUAUGCAGGAGGACACCACAACUUCUUGGCAGCCCUCACAGGGUCUGACAAGUGCACAAAGUGUCAGUCCACAGACACAUUUAGAGAACCCAUUGCUUGCACACAGGAGUUUGGGUAGUGUCGUUUUUCCAUUACACCAAGGUUUAGGGGAUAAAAAACACCCAGACUACCCACAUAUAACUGAGAAUGGAAUAUAUAAUCAGAGACGCUCUGAGACUAAGACACAUCACCAAAAUGCAUCAGACAGUAUCAUACCCAGAGGUUCAGAAACUCAGUUCAAUGUUAGUCAUCCAUUGAGAGGUACAGACAGUCAAACCAAUCAACAGAGAAGAUCAGAUAGAGUGAAUUUUCCAGUGUACACUCAGAGAACACCAGAGAGCUCAGUCCAUCCCCAGGCAAGUUCAAAUGAUCAAAAAAAAUUACAGGGUACAGCUCCACCAGACAGUGAGGAAGGUGUGGAUGCAGGAGUGAGGGAAGAGGAUGAAGAGGAAAAGGAAGAAAUAGUAACUUUUCAGAGUGUCACUGAGCCUGAAGGAAAAGAUGUACCCUACCUGAUGAAGUCAUCACAACAGGAGAAAAGCAAUGAGCAGUCCAAGAGCAACAACCCAACAAGCAGCUACAAAAAGACCACACCUGAGCACAGUACCAGCUCACCCAGGGGGCGUGAGUACCACACAACACCUACGGUCCAUUUUAUCAAAACCACGACCACUCAACUGCCAGUAAAGGUCAAGCUGGAUGAGAGUCAGCCCAGCAGAAAGCCAGGUCAAAGGUUGUUUAAUCUUCACAGUGAAGACGGAGAGAAGGUGAAUGAAGAGGGGAUGGAGGAUAAAGAUCAGCCUGUUUUACUCAUCAAACCUGAUGAAGGUCCAAGUAUCCCCGCAGAAGACCUUUUGCAGAGCUGCUGUGCUGCUGGCCAGAGAUGGGCCACUGAAAACCACCACUGCAACAACAUGCCUUUGUUGAACAAUGACAAGCAAUCCACAUGCAAUGUUGUUCAAAAGCACUGCUGCCUCAACUUGGUGAAGGAGAGCCAGUGUGAAUUUGGUAUGACCUCAGCCAGAGAAGGGCGCACCUGUGAAGUGGAUCAGGAGGAUCAGUGCACAGAUGGCUCCCACCAGGUGUGCUGCAGCUGCUGUGCCCUUGGCUUACGGGCAUGGAGUGAAGGAUGGGGCUGCGAUGCCCACCAGUACCUGGACUACCCAUGUAGUCAUGUCUUUCUCAUCUGCUGCGAGGAGAAAGAUCCGAGUCAGAUCCUGCUGAAGAGAAAGCAGAAACCUCAAUCAACUGCUGUACCAAGGAAAGUCUCAUACGGCAAGUAUCCCAAGGAGGCCUUCUCAGUCAGUGCCAUAGAUGAAGCUGCCAAUGCUGUGGAGAAGCAGGAGGUUGUCGAUGAGUGCCAGCUGUAUGCAGGCCAGCUGUGCCAGCACACAUGUACCAGUGUUGGGGGCUCCUACCACUGUGAAUGCCACCAUGGCUACAUCCUGCAGCAAGACAGACACUCCUGUGCACCAAUGAGUCUGGAUGAAGACAACAGGGUCAGAGAGGACAGUCCUCCUUUGGUCCCAGCACAAACUACUAAUACGACUACCAUUUCAACCAGUACAACCACCACCAACCCUGUCCAUCUCAGUCUUUGUGCAGAAAAUGGUCCGUGCAGUCAGCAGUGUACGGUGGUGGCAGGCCAGGCUCGCUGCUCCUGUUUCCCAGGCUUCUCACUGAUGACAGAUGGACAGAUGUGUGAAGAUGUGGACGAGUGCAUGACCAACACCCACAAUUGUCAGCCCAGUGAGCACUGUGUAAAUACAGUUGGUUCAUUUGUAUGCAAGCUGCAGGUCACUUGUCCUGCAGGCUACCAGCUGAGGAACAGUAUUUGCGAGGAUAUUGAUGAAUGUGUGCAAGGAACCCAUAACUGUGGUAUGGGUUUUGUGUGUGAGAACACACUGGGCUCCUUCUUGUGUAAUCCCAAACAAAAGUGCAUCACCGGCUUCACACAGGACUCUCAUGGCAACUGUAUCGACAUAAAUGAGUGCAACAGCCUGAGUGAUCCAUGCAGCUCAAGCUUUAACUGUAUCAACACAGUGGGCUCCUACAUGUGCCAGCAGAAGAUCAUAAAGUGCAGUCAUGGAUACCAUGCCAGCCCUGAUGGAACCAAGUGUGCCGACAUUGAUGAGUGUCAGAUGGGGACGCACCGCUGUGGAGUGGGCCAGAUCUGUCACAACCUCCCUGGCAGCUACCGCUGUGACUGUCAGACGGGCUACCAGUAUGAUUCCCUCCGCAAAGUUUGCACUGAUGUAAAUGAGUGCUGGCGCUACCCUGGCAGGCUGUGUGCUCAGACCUGUGAAAACACCCCAGGCUCCUACCACUGCUCAUGCACAGCUGGCUUCUCCCUAGCUUUUGAUGGCAAGAACUGUGAAGAUUUAAACGAAUGUGAAAAAAAUCCCUGUAGCCAGGAAUGUGCUAACAUCUAUGGCUCAUAUCAAUGCUACUGUCGCCAAGGCUACUACCUGAAAGAGGACGGACACACCUGUGAAGAUAUUGACGAGUGCUCUCAGAGCAUCAAGAACCUCUGUUCCUUCCAGUGUGUUAAUGUUGCAGGCAGCUAUCAGUGUGCCUGUCCUCCUCAUGGAUACAUCAUCUCGGGCAAUGGACGCACCUGCAGAGAUAUUGAUGAGUGCACAACUGGCACCCACAACUGUUCAUAUGGACAAACCUGCCAUAACCUGCAGGGGGGCUUCAGAUGUCUCUCCUUUGACUGUCCUCAAAAUUACAAGAGGGUGUCAGACACGCGCUGUGAGCGGGUCAGCUGUCCCAGCAAUUCCUUAGACUGUCAGAAAUUUCCUGUAAGGAUCACAUACUACCAGCUCAACCUCCAGACAAACAUCAUCAUCCCAGCACAGAUCUUUCGAAUCGGACCUUCCCCCGCAUACUCUGGUGACCAUAUUGUCAUCAGCAUCACCAAGGGCAAUGAGGAGGGCUACUUCAGCACCAGGAAGCUAAACAGCUUCAUGGGUGCUGUCUACCUACAGAGACAAGUCCGUGAGCCCAAAGACUUCCUAAUAGACGUGGAGAUGAAGCUGCUGAGGCAGGGGAAGUUAACUUCGUUCCUUGCCAGGAUAUAUGUCUUCAUCACAGCCAGCACUAUGUAACACCAAACAGAUUGAGAAAGAGACCAUUUCAUAUGUUACAAUUUUUUUUAUAUGUGCAGACUCUUUUAUUAAUGAUGAUCCAAGCCCCACCCCCACACACAUUCAUACAUGUUCAAGUAUCUUGUAAAAUGUUGCAAAAAAAGCAGGUUUUCUGUUUGUUUCUCUGAAUAUUGUAUUUUCUGAGAAACCUUGUGUUUGACUCUUGCUCACAUGAUAUAGUUUUUAUCCACCACUGUUGUUAAGGUGUGCUCAAGCUGUUUGUUAAUACAGACAGUGGCAGUGGCAGUGCUCUGCUCUACUCUUUUUAAAAUUCUUGCUCUCCUGAAAGUCUGAAGAUACAAGUAAACCACCACCAAAGCACCUGAAGUUAAAGGCACCUUUCACUGUGUAGGCCUGAAACUGAUUAAAUGUGCCAAAAAUUGAUCAGAUGACUCAAAUAUCUAACUGAAUUGUUUUGAUCAAUUAUGUAGUUAGUUUAAUAAUUAGAAUAAAGUGUAAAAAGAAACAUAAAUGAAAGAAAUGUAUAAACAGCUGUAGGACUGUGUAGAACAGGGCUGAGCCACACACACAGAGCGAAGAGAGAGAAGCAAGCACUUCGGCCACAUCCUUCCAGCAGGAUGGUACAGAGGUGUAGGCAUGUUUAUUUGUACUUUAAAACAUGACCACCAUGAAAAUAACCUUUUGCUUUUCUGAUUCACUACUUUGUUCUUGCUAACACUGCUCCCUCUGUUCACUCACUCUCUGGCUGGCUGCUCUCUCUCUGUCUCACCUUAUUUUAUUUUAUUUCAGCAUUUGUUUGUUUGUUUUUGUUGUAUUGUCUUGGCACAAAUUUAUCUGACUGUAUUUUUAUUCUUUUUCCUGUGUUUCGUGAAAUAUAGGAGUAAAAUAAAUUUCAAUUUAGUUUGAAUUAAAUAAUUGAAAUUUGGAUUGAUCUUACCAAAUGAUCAGAGAUGAAAGGGAAAUGUAAAAUCAGUACAGUAUUAAUUAUUGAUGUAUUUAGUUACACUUUUUUAUUAACUUGUCAAUUUAAGUGUGGAUAGAAAAAAGCAGCAGAUCCUUCAAAUAGCACAUUUUGCAUUAAGCAUAAGCAUUUGGUGUAUACAUUUUUAUAAAGAUGUGACCUGAUGACAUGUAAGUGCCAAAAAAUCAGUGCACAUCACACAUUAAUGUAUAGAAAAUUUUAGCACUAAGAAUAUGAAUGUAGCGUUAUUGAUGAUCAUUUUAUUGCUCCAUGUUAUAUUCCUUAAUUAAUGGAAAUAGCUUUCUACAUUACUGUGUUGUAAUUAUCUCAGGGUAAAAAUCAUGUCAUUCUGUAUAUGCCAGACAAAUUCCUAUGUAAUGUGCAGGAAUAAACUAGUCAGCUGUUAUAGCUCCAGACUGGCCUCACACAGCAUGUACAGUUUCAGAUGUCACAUGACAUUUCCAUCUAUAAACCAAUCAAUAAAUGCUGAUCAAACUGUUA